UAGCAGGGCAAGAGCACCCUGGCCUUGCUAGAUGCCUCUAAGACCGGCGCGAGGCCUUACGCCCUGACCUGGGCAGCUUUCAUUCAGAGAGCGUGUAAUUACGGCCUAUGGGGACAUAAACACUCACAGCUCGGCGCUCUUGCACUCCCCAGGACUUGCCUGCCUUUGCCUCCCUGCUGCAGCAGAAUUUGCUUACUAUAAUGACUACUACCUGUACACAGUUGUGAAUACUGGAGUGAAUCCAAAUGACAUUUAAAGACCCUGCUUCCCUGGGGAAGAAGAAAAAGAGAAGUAAAGAUUGGGCCCACAGACCCCAGCAGUACAGUUGUGGACUACAGGUGACUGAGCUGAAUGAACCCCUCUCUAAUGAAGAUAGAAACCUGUUAUCUGUAGCCUACAAAAAUGUGGUUGGGGCUAGGCGAUCUUCCUGGCGAGUCAUCAGCAGCAUAGAGCAAAAAACUAUGGCAGAUGGGAAUGAGAAGAAGCUGGAAAAAGUUAAAGCAUACAGGGAGAAGAUCGAAAAAGAGCUGGAGAUAGUCUGCAAUGAUGUUUUGGCCCUCUUGGAUAAGUUCUUGAUCAAAAACUGCAAUGAAUUCCAAUAUGAGAGCAAGGUCUUUUAUCUGAAAAUGAAAGGAGAUUAUUACCGCUACUUGGCAGAAGUUGCUGGUGGUGAGAAGAAAAACAGUGUUGUGGAAGCAUCAGAGAUUGCCUAUAAAGAGGCUUUUGAAAUCAGCAAAGAGCACAUGCAGCCCACUCACCCAAUAAGGCUUGGGUUGGCACUCAACUUCUCUGUGUUCUAUUAUGAAAUCCAGAAUGCACCUGAGCAGGCCUGCCUUUUAGCCAAACAAGCCUUUGAUGAUGCCAUAGCUGAGCUGGACACACUAAAUGAGGAUUCCUACAAGGACUCCACUCUUAUCAUGCAGUUACUCCGAGACAACCUCACUCUCUGGACAAGUGACCAGCAGGAUGAGGAAGCAGGAGAGGGCAAUAACUAAAGGGCUUUCAUUCCAGCCCUCCUUCAUCCACUUCACUAUUUCCUUCCCACAAUAUUUCCUUGCCACAGUCUCACUAAAUAUAUAGUGCAGGGGUGGGGAACCUAAGGCUUGCAUAGAUCCGGCACCUGGGGCUCAAGGCUCCCCCUCAUCAUUGGGGAGCCAACACUGGCCCCUCAGUCCCCAUGCUGUUCCCCCUAUGGGGCUGGAGUACAAAAUCUACUAGCCUGGGCCCAAUGUUUUUUUUUUUUUCCUCCAUGUGUUAGCAGCCUCUGAUCAAAAAAAGGUUCCUCACCCUGAUCUAAUUCAAAGCCUAUCUGUAUUGUCAGCACAGAUGUUCAGAUCCUGCGGUCCAUGGUAUCAGCAGGCAGUUUUAGAUAUGUCUUCAUGAACAUUGCUAAAUUGAUUGGUUUUUUUUAAUCUGCCUGUUUAUCAGAGUUUAAUUUGAAUGGUGCAGAAAGAUGCAUAUUAAGGAGGCAUUUUAGAUAUGGGCAAGAAAAAUUGAAAGUGAAUUAAUCAGAAAUUUAAUCUUUAAAUUUUCUAUUUGAAACAAGCUUGAUAGUAUUGUAUGAAGCAGAUCUUGUGCAUGCAAAGCAAAUUAGUGGCGAGGAGUCCUGUGGCACCUCCUCGCCGCUUUUGCUUUGUAUCAGAAGGUUAGCCGUGUUAGUCUGAAUCUGCAAAUUAGCCACCUAAAAUCUUUUAACUGAUAAAACAGUUAAAAGGCUGGUGUGAAGUGACAACUUAAUUCUCUAUCAGUUUACAGACUGUUCAGAAUGUGAGGUUUUGGUAGCAGCUUGUUUUUUUGCCUCUAUCUUAUGAUGUGCACAGACUUUCAUUUACUGCAAUGCAUCUACUUAAAAGUUUUGAUACUUGUAACCUUUUUUGCCGUUUUAAAAAAUCAUGAAUUUAUUUUUUGUAAACUCUUUGGCUGUUUAGUUGUCUGUGUAUUCUGACAGCACCACGUCUGUUAGCCCUUGUUAAGAUGGAUGACUCUGAGAUGCCGGACUCCUAAAUUAAAUGUUUUGGAAUUAAAUGAAUAAAAUAAAAUGUUGCUUCAGGAAUAUUAUCUCUG